CAAACACACCAGCUGGCCGCAUUCACAAUUGAUCACCACUACCGCGGCUCAUCCUCCUCUCGUCCCAUUAGCUGAGAAUCAUCCUGACAAAGUGCCCAUGUCGUUGAGCUUCACGGUGCAGCGGAAGGCGGUAGAGCUGGUGAUGCCGGCGGGGCCGACACCGCGGGAGCUGAAGCGGCUCUCGGACAUUGACGACCAGGACGGCCUACGGUUCCACAUCCCCGUCAUCCAGUUUUACCGGCACGACGCGUCCAUGUUCGGCAAGGACCCUGCAGCGGUGGUCCGGGAUGCCGUGGCCAAGGCGCUCAUGCACUACUACCCGUUUGCCGGCCGUCUAAGGGAGCUCGAGGGUCGCAAGCUUGCUGUCGACUGCACCGGUGAGGGUGUGCUGUUCAUCGAGGCCAACGCAGACGUAAGUUUGAAGCACUUCGGUGACGCCUUGCAGCCGCCCUUCCCAGGACUUGAGGACCUCAUCUUCGACGUCCCUGGCUCGUCAGAAGUCCUCGGCACCCCACUUCUCCUCUUUCAGGUGACACGGCUAGCGUGCGGAGGCUUCAUCCUAGCAGUGCGGAUGAUGCACACGAUGGCGGACGCGCCGGGGAUGGUGCAGUUCCUGGCUGCCGUGGCUGAGCUGGCACGGGGCGCCACGGUGCCAUGCCGGUGUGGGGGCGUCGUCGCAGGCGCCUCCUCAAGCCUGUGUUUGAUGGUGUUGAUGUCGUCAUCAUCGCUGCUGCCGCAGCACCGUGAGGAUGCCGUCGUCGUCGUCACCGCCGCAGCCCCGUGUCGAUGUCGAUCUCGUCGUCAUCGUCGCCGUCACAGCCCCAUGUCGAUAUCAUCGCCGUCGCCGCCGCAGCUUCAUGUCCAUGUGUUCCCUACUAGGAACUCACAAAUCCUGGAAUUAAACAAUGAACCAAGACAGUGCUAGGCAUGACUACAAGUGAAAGGAGAUAAGGAAUUCCAAGGCAGUACGAAAUCUUAUUAUAGAUUCUGAAUACAAGCUUUUGAGGCAAAUUGCAACAAGCAAAGGUUGUGCACCAAGUAGAAAUAAUUCCCAGGUCAUUCGCAAGCAAGCAAGCAAGCAAGAAGGCAUCAGCAACAGCAGAUUUAUUACCAACAUUGUACCCUUUACUGUCAGGUCAUUUCAAUUUAACUCUUGGUUGAAGAUGUAUUAUUGCUGUAGUACCAGUAAUCAUCAGCAGUAACAACACUUGCUGUGUCAAUCAAUAAGCAUCAGAACCAACAAUGAUCUAUCUAGCUACACAAUGGUACUAGUAUUACGGUCUAUUUGACUAGCAGAAAAACAGAGUUGGUCUAAAACUGAACAG